UUUUGAAGGCUGCCGUAGCACAGUAUUUUGUUUCCUACCUUUAAUAUUGCUUGUAAAGGGUAUCAGCUUGAAUGAGUACCAUUUUCAUGUGCUAGUGGAACCUCUCAUGGGGAUAUCUGCUCAUAGCUGAGCACCUAAAUAAGCCAGGCAAGGCAGACAAAGGCAUCGUGUGGGUGACCAAAGGCAGCAGCUGUCGGUGCCUUAUGAAGGAGUAUCCAAGCUUGGAGUGAGAGGAAGGCAGGGGCGUUUAGUGCUCCAGUGUACCCAGCUGUUGUGAUGUUAGAAGUUUUCUGAAGGUCGCUCUUAGCUCCAGGUGAGUCGAGUGAUGCAGUGCAAGGUGAGUUUAUUCUAUUUAACCAACAUUUAAGGGAGGGAUGUGCAUAGUGACCACAGUGGAGCUUUGAGAUGUCCUAGUGGACGUACUGAGUUGCCUUUUGAUAGGACCUACAUUGUGGUUAAACUCUGAUCUUCAGACAGCAUUUGAAUAAAAAAACCCCAAUAUCUAAGUGGCCUCACAGCUUUCUAGCCGUAAGAGGUGUAAGCAACAGCACUGGGCAAUUCAAGACAUCUAAAAUGGGCAGAUUGGUGCUGAGUGUGUCUGCCUUAGGCUGUUGUAUCUGACUGCAUCUCGCAGAGCUGCAGCAGUGUACACGGUGUGGCACGCAGAGCCGCUGUUGCGAGACUGCUUGUCCUGACAGAUUUGAAAUAGGUUCUGUGUGUUUCAGGCGCUGCUGUGCCAAAUUUGUUUCCCUUUGUUUCACUAAGCCUUUGGGCUGGUGCAGUGAAUAGCUGCAGAGGUGUUUUUUCAUAAUGCGCUGGCGGGGGGGGGGGGGGUGGGUGUCCAUAAGCCAGCAAUCCUCGCCCUCCCUGCUCAGUGGGCCAGACUGUGGCUAAAAGCAAAAACCUUUUUGCUCAAACCUCAGACAGUGGUGUAAGAGUUUUGAGUUGAAUUUGUGAUGCUAGCAGAUACGGUCACAAAUCUGGGCAUCGUUCUUUACUAUCUGAUGGGUGAAAUCACUCACUUUGGGGGUGUGUGGCCAGGCAUACUUCUUUUCUUCUGUCAGGCAUCAUUUGGAGCAAUAUAGCUCAAGCUGAGGGUGUGCUAUAAAAAUACAUGGCCUGUUUGCUGCACAGAUGUUUCCAUUGUGAGCUUUUGAUGCAGAGGCUGUUCUUUGCAAGCCUGUGGUGUCUGCCCUGAGCACGUGUUUACUGUUUCCUAGCUGCAUCUUUUGCUGCAUGGGAAUGUUCUCUGAUAAAUAUUGGGUCUCCUCCUUACAAAUGGGGGUGGGCCUUUUAGAGCUGAUGGGAAUGCCUUCUUGUUUAGCAUGCUUGAAAGGGAGAGAGCAGCCAGAUUGCCCUCCGUCCUCCAGGACUUGGCAGGGGGCUGCGUGUUUUGAGUGUGUUUGGCAGAGUUUUGGUGUUCUGACUCAGCAAAUGGUAACAAAGGGAGGAUGGCGAAGCCUUCCUUUAUUCCAUAAUCCUGUUUGCUUUUCUGGAAAUCGGCUAUAGCCUCAGAAUCACUGACUCAAUUUUUGGAUCCUAUUCUCAUGACAAAGCGGCUGUCUGGUUUAAAACAAGCCCAUUAUAAAAAGGGUGCCUCAGAUCCUGGCUGUUUGUAACAGCUUCUGACGUUCCUCCAGCACUGGGGAGCUUGGCUGGAACGGAAAAUGUCCAGAGCUGGAACCAAGGUAAGUUUAUUUGCAGCCUGUUCAUGAUUGUGGCUAAGAGUACAGAAUUUAUCAGGGAUAAGCUGUGGAGAAAAUUUGAUUUCUUUGUUCUGCUGACAGCUUCACCCUCUGUCAGUGUGUCAGCAAGAGGAGAUGCUUGGAAUCCCUCUUCAAAUGGAGGGAAACUGAAGCUGAGCCCUGCCUAGUCUUUUCCCAGAUCUUGGCUGUUUCCUAUAGGUGUGGCUCAGUGAGAGGAUGGAGUUGAACACAGUGACUGGUGAAGGGAUAUUUUAAAAUGCACCAGGAUCUGAUGCCUUAUAAAUUGAUGGUGGAGGCUGCUGUGCCAGCAGUGAAUGUGACGAGCUGCGUUUGCAGAGCAGAGUCUCGUGGAAGGCUUCCUUGGGAGGACCCGGGUCCCAACACCACUAGCAGCAGCCGUUGCAUCCCCCUUCCAUGGUGGAGCAAAGGGUGUGCUGCGACAGAAAGACACCUGAGUGAUGACCAUGUCACUCUGAGAGAUGCAAACCAGCCUUCCGAUUUGGUAGAACCAGCAGAGAUGAAUUUAAACUGGAGAAGGAGGUAGAUUAGAAAGCUCAACUACAGCUAGAGUGGCAUGUGUCAGCUGAGGAUCCAGCUCUAAUGCUCUGUUCUUUGGUCACGAAGUUAGCAGAGCUGGGCUGGUUGGUCACGCAGACCUUGUUGCAGGGUUGGGACUGGGCAGGAAUGAACAGCUGGGAAUGGAGGGUGAGAAUUCGGGGCUGGCGGCCAGUUUCUCCUGUGAAACGUUAAACAACCGUUGAGAGGUUGUGGACAGGUGUACAUGUUUUCACUGUAUGAGUUUGGCUUCUGGGUUACGUUCCGUUUAACCUGUGGAAACUGUAAAACCCAAGGGGGCAGAGGGCUCAGAAGCAGAGUGGUCUUGUAGGCACUGGCUGAUGCUGUGGAAGAUCUGGAUUCAGUCGCUCUUUUCCGACUCCUUUCCUCUGUGAUCUUGGCUGGAAGUCAUUUGGCUAUUGAUGAACAGUCUUUAGAAACCGAGGAUGGUGUGUGCUGCUGGCUGUGAACCUGGUGGCUGGCGGGUUGCAGUGGGAUGGUCUCUACGUACCCGUGCGUAGGGAAGGUGCCGGGGAAACGUAACUGAUCCAUGCUGGAGUCUUCUAUAUGUUUGAAGAUACUUUUGACACGUACUGCCCUUACCCCUGCUGAAAGCCAUGGCCCCUUCGAGCGUGCUGCAGGGAAUUCGUUGAUUAUGCACUGCUGUGGUGCAGCAAAAUGUCUAAGAGAGUUGUUGCUGAAAGAGCUCAAAUCUCCUCUUUUCUCUGUGCUGCGCUCAUCUAGCACAUUCCAGGGAGAAGAAAAGGGCAAAGGAGAGAAUUAAACACAAUUUCUCACAACAUAAGCAAGCGAUCUGCCCCAGGAAGGGGUCGCUGCCCCCAUGCUACUUACUCAAAAGGCAGUGGGUGCUGCUAGUGAUUGUUUACGAGUUUCCUUCUAACAGAGCUGCAGGUGGGAAGAGGUGUGAUAGCUGCUGUGAGGUGGCCAAGGGAGUAAGAGUUUUACAGUCCUGUGAGGAAGAUCUACUAUGGCAAAUCUGUUAUCUGCCAGGUAAGCCCCCAAAAAGCAAAGUUUGGGCAGCGAGCAGCUAAUGGGUUAGGACUGCGAGCAGAGCGACUUGGUGGCUUUGGUGAAGGAGUCGGAGUAAGAUGCGACUGGAAUGGACUGACGAAUCCGGGAUUGAAAUCUGUAAUUCACCUGUCAUUGUCCUGCAGGUGAAAAAUGUCCAUCUGGUCUGUUUGUGCCUGAAUCGCUGGAGGAAAGCUGAGAAGCGCUGAGUGAGGAGGUCUGAAAUGACCGGAGGGUGUGCGCAAAGGGCUGUGGUGGGGAGGGGGUGGGCAGGAGCCCGCUCCUUCAGUCUUCCUCUAAGUAUAGAACAACGAACGACAGUUUUGGUUGGUCACUGUUGUGUGGGAAUGGCCGUACUCUGGUUCCGCUCUUGGAUUUCUUUGGCUAUGUGGCUUGAUAAGCACAGGGAAAACACCCUCCUGGGAACGCCAGGUAGCUCUGUCAAAUUGAAGUUCAGUUGUGUUAAGCUGGGUGGGGAAGGGACAUCAAAUGAGCUUUUUUGUUACAAAAUUAAACUCCGACUGAACCAACUGCAUGCACAGUUGCUGUGGUAGGGCAGCACUGGAGGAGCUGGCUCUGCUGGAUGCCAGCCAUGGAAUCAAGGCAGCCUGUGCAAAGCCAAGUCCAGAGGUGAUGGAGACCUGUUCCUCUCCCACCGCCAGCCUGCUGUGAGGCUGGAGGAGGUGCUGCUCUGCCCGGGCAGGGUGCUGCCUGCUGAGACCAGACCUGUGGGCUGAGAUCCAGAUGUGUAAACCAGCAGGGUUGUGGCUGGCAAGGGCUGACCAGCAUCGCUAACUACUCAGAAGUAGCGGUGCGGGAAAACAGGAAUUGGAGGUUUUAGUGCACAGCUUUUACGAUCUUUAUUCACUUGCUGGAAGGGUGGUGGCGAUCUCCCAGCUCUCCGUUGUGCUGAAGAAGGGAAGAGCUUGCUCAAGAGGGAGAGACGUGAGGACAGGUUGCUUUUCGAUGUGCCGACUACUUUGUGAUAGGAAAUCAGUCUCUUGAAAGUAAGAGGGAAAUAACAUUAUCCUAAUAAAGGUUUACUAACAAGCCACAAGACCAACAACAUAAAUCCUCUGGCAUGAUACCUGGUCAGGCUGGCGGGACACACUGACCAUCCAGCUCCAGGAAAACUGUGACUAAUUUAUUUUUUAACACAAAGUGAAUGAAAAAAAAAAAAAAAUAGGGAGGGGGUUGUCCUAGAUUUGAGUCUAUCUCCUGGGUUGAAACUGUGGCAAUGAACGGUAUUGUCAACAGCAGUCAUGUUAGACCAAUACCAGUAGCCGAAGUACAACCAGCCAGGAGCAAAAGGUGGUCCUGUGUCUUAAUACUCAAGCUAUGGAAAAACUGUGGGGAAAAAUGGAUUACAGAGUACUACGUGUUAGAUGUUUAAACCAUUGUGGCCAGAAAAAUUCUCUCCAGAGCAAUUGGGGGAAUUGGCUGAGGUGGUCUCAGAUGCUACCAAAUAACCCAGCAGCAUGUAUGGGGCUGGGGUGGUACUGGAAGGCUGGAAAAGGUGAAAUGUCUUGAGUACGUGGUGCAUUGGAUCAACCAGCCUGCAUAUCAGCUGGUUUGAUGCAAGGCUCUAGAAGACACUGAAGUAAUCAAACUCCUGUUAAGGUGGAAGAUGGGCUAGUAAUUGGGUGCGGCUGAAAGGGUUUUACUGAGACUGGUUCACAUCAAACUAAUGUAAUUUUGAGCAUGGUCUGGCAUCACAGUAUCAUAAACCAACAAGGGGUGUAGUCAAAAUAGACAUGCUGGUUUGGGAACCCUUAUUGCAAAAAGCAGCUCUUGAUCAGUGUCAUCUGGAAGGAUCUAAAAAUGGGGCUGAAAAAGGGACUGCUCUGGGUCUAGAGCCUGGCAAUAUUCCCACAAAGAGUUUUUUGAAGGAAGCACGUGUUGUCUCUCCAGGGCUGCCUGGGUUGGUGAUACCUCGGGCGAGAGGAAUGGGAUUUGCUCACCAGCUCUCAAGACCAUUUCAAAACAGGUUGUGAUCAAGUAGGGAAGAAGUGUCCCUAAGCAAAGUGCUUUGCAGUCAGCUGCUUGGCCGUAGAGCAGGUCUUGGGAAAGAAAUGUGACAAAUUGGAAGUGUCAGCUGUAUCGCAAACUUGCAGCAACCAAAGCAGAAGCGGCCAAUUGCAAAUGCAGUCCUCGGAUUUCCAAAGAAUUCUGCUGUCCACCACGUACGUGGAGCAGCACUCCUUUAGCUUGUGGCACUGGUAAAGCUUGCGUGAUGUCCAGCUUUUGGCACUGACUUUUGAGAAAGCAAGCUGUGGAGUGUUAGAGUGGGAACAAGGAGGACGCUCGCAGGGCUAGAAGAUGUGACCCAGGGGAAAAGCGACCUCACCACCCCCUUAUCAGUAAAGGUCUAACUGCAAACACUCGGUAACGAAAUGCUGCUUAGUGUAGUCCAUCGGCUGCUUAUAGCUCCCUUGGUCAUUGUUUAGUAACUACUGAUCUAGAGAAGGUGGGAGGGAAAUGUAUUAAUAGUGUUUUGCUGCAAAGAGGACAGGGAGGGACUUCACCAGGGGAGCUUUGGGUUGGAUUGGGACCGAAUCAGGUGCUGGGCAGGGCAAGACAUUGGUGGCAGCUGUAGGUGUUGGGGCCAGGCUGGUGAAUUGGCUGCCACGGUGAGCUGGGAUGCAGUUGAUCCUGCUCAGCGGUGGAGCCUGAGGAGUUUUUGACAUCCCGGGGGCUCUGUUUUCAGAUAUUUCAUGCCAUGGUACAGCUAGAAUAUGGAUGCAGACACGUGCCGAGGGACGAGGAACCUCCCUGCUUUCCUUUCUCUGCUUGUGUUUCAGGUCACCUUCUAUGAAGACAAGAAUUUCCUAGGCCGUUGCUAUGAGUGCGACAGCGACUGCCCCGAUUUUCACACCUACCUGAGUCGCUGCAACUCCAUCCGUGUGGAUGGAGGCACCUGGGUGGCCUAUGAGAGGCCGAACUUUUCUGGGAACAUGUAUGUUCUGACGCGUGGGGAGUACCCUGACUACCACCACUGGAUGGGCCUCAACGACCGCCUUGGCUCCUGCAAAGCCGUCCAGAUACCGAGUGGAGGCCGGGGCCACAUCCAGGUCUUUGAGAAAGGAGAUUUUGGUGGGCAGAUGUUUGAAGCCACUGAAGACUGCCCUUCUGUCAUGGAGGAGUGGCACAUGCGCGAGGUCCAUGCCUGCAGAGUGCUGGAGGGUGUCUGGGUUUUCUACGAGCACCCCAACUACCGGGGCAGGCAGUACCUGCUGCCCAAGGGGGAGUACCGCAAACCUGUGGAGUGGGGAGCAGCGAGCCCCGCCGUCCAGUCCUUCCGCAGCAUCGCUGAGUGAUACAGCCCAUUGACUGGGCUGCCAGAAGCCAUCAAUAAAGCAACUGAGUCGCUCA